AUGGCGACUGUGACCACGGUCCUAAAGGCGGUGGGCCUGUUUGUUGCAGACUUUUUCAACUCCAUCACUGACUGGUUUCAAACCAAACCAGCAUGGGCAAAUGUGGAAGUGCUGGAGGAGACAGAGCUAAGGACCACGGGGGGAGGUGAGUCAGCAAUCAGAAACAAUAAACAUGCAGAAAUGUCCCUUUUUUGUGGUAUGAAAUCCCUGUGUUUACUGAUAAUGAUGAACAUAAUACAGUUUUUGGCAUCUGUGUGACUGUAAAUGAAUAAAUUCACAGCUCUUGGCCGGCUUAAAUAGUUAUUGCAUCUUUAUCUAGUGGAUUUGACAGAAAAAUAUGAGUCAUUCGUUGUGGUUUUGCUAAUCCUCAAUGUUCUGUCUUUCUCUUGUUCAGUCCAUGAACGACACAAGGCCAAAGCUCUGUGGGAGAAGACUGGCGCUGUGGUCAUGGUUGUGCGGCGGCCUGGAUGAUUAUUGUGCAGAGAGGUACAAAACAGCACUUCUGUAUGCACAUUACUUUACUUUUAUUGAUGUUUUUUGAUUCUCCCUGCUCCAUCUUUAGGAGGCCGCUGAGCUGUCCUCUCUGAAGUCCCAGCUGUACGACCUUGAAGUCCCUCUGUUUGCUGUGGUGAAAGAAAACAUCGGCAAGGAGCUGGACUGCUUCAAGAAGUACUUCUCUGGGAGGGUUUAUGUGGAUCAGAAGGUCUGCGCCUCUACAACUGACUCAAGUGCUUGACAGAAACAUGACCGUUUACAUAAUAUUAGCUCUUAUGUAUCGCCCUCAUAGAGAAAUUUCUACGGCCCUACACUGAGGUGGAUGUGUUUCUCCAUGUUCCUGCGUAUUGGGGUGUGGAGGAACAUCUGGCGGGCUUACAGGAGGGGCUUCAGGGGAAACAUUAAAGGUGAAGGACUCAUCCUAGGUGGAGUCUUUGUCAUUGGGCCAGGAGAUCAGGUAGGCCGCAGCUUGCACAAUAGGUAUUUUCUGACUGUGUUAGGAAGUUUUAAGAGUAAUAAUUGUUUUUUCUCCCCUAAGGGUAUUCUACUGGAGCACCGCGAGAAGGAGUUUGGAGAUAAAGUUAAUAUGUUGGCGGUCCUCAGAACAGCCCGCAAAAUGAAGGAAAACCUGGCAAGAUAG